GGUCCCCUCAUUUGAAUCAUCAUGGCCGACGCGGCGGAGCUCGAAAAGAAUCUUGGGAACGAGGAAUUCAACGCUAAGAACUAUGAACAGGCUAUUCACCACUAUUCGGAGGCCAUCAAGCUUGCACCGACGAAUCACAUCUUUUACUCGAACCGAAGUGCUGCAUAUGGCGCUUUGAACAACUGGGAGAAAGCUGAAGCCGAUGCUAAGGAAUGUGCGCGUCUUAACCCGAGUUUUAAGAAAGGACUCCUUCGUUUGGCGAAUGCCCAACGCCAAUUGGGAAAGAACGAAGAAGCCAUGGCUACCAUGGCGCUUGCCAACGGUGGUGGGGUUCCUGCAAAACGCUCCAAGCAAGAAGCUGCUGCGUCGUUGCCUGCGUCGGUGCAGAAAGAGUUGCAAGAAUUGCAGCCCCAAUUCCAGUCGUUGCAUCGCGAAUUGGAAACCAUCGACUCGAAGUUGGGCGCGUACGGCCGCGAAAAGAAGCGUAUUCAGCUGACCAAAGAAGAGCUGGCUGAAUUACCCACUGGCACGCGAACUUAUGCGUCGAUCGGUAAGAUGUUUAUGGAAAUGACGCCGGAAGAAAAUGCGGCUCGCUUGGACUCCAGUGCGACCAAUGUCGACGACCAAGUGGCGGCUUUGGAGGCGCGGAAGCAAUACCUGGAGCGACAAAAGACCUCGCUGGAAGCCAACAUCUCCGAAUUGCUGGCACAAUGCAAGACGACCGGUUAAACCGCAUGGUAGUGCGCGGCACACGCGAGACAUUCCGUAACAUGUAGCCUCGUAUUGGUCCUGUU